AUGAGGAAUGCAAAGACAAAGAAUAAUACAUAUGGAAAGCUUGUUAUAAUAUUGUUGACAGCAUGCGUUGUCAGUUUAUUGUUCAUGUUUCAUUUGAACACGAGUUGUGAUGUACAGUCACAGCAGCAGCAACAACAACAACGUGUAGAUAUAGACAAAUCGUUGGAGACAGGUGCAGGUGCGAAUCAACAACAUACACAACUGGCUUCAACUCCAAAUAACAACAACAAUGAUAUAGUAGUACCUGGCAUCAACUCAAUGAAACAACCUACACCAAAGUCUUCGGACCAUCCAGAUGGGCCACUGGUGGCCAGCGAUGCCUUCCAGACCUUCCUCACAUUCUUGUACUAUCAUACAGAGUACACCAACGUGACACCAACCUCACCAUCCAAGCACCAGUAUGGAGAGUACGUGCGUACAAUCACCCUGCCCGAGCCAGGUUUCGAGCAUCCCGCCGUGAUGGAGGUGGACAAGAUCAAGGCGCUCAUUGACAAGGUGCCCGAGAAGGAUAAGGACCGCAACAAUUCGCUCAACUUUUUGGAACGUCGCCGACUCGAGUCGGACGUCGUGCGCGAGUUCUACGAGUUUGAGGGCCGCAUGUUCUCUUUGGAGCGCGCCAGAGAGGAGCUGAAACUAUACAACACAAUGCCAUUCUUCGAGACUCCAAUCCAGCCUCGACUGCCCAAGCCCAUGAUGUCGGGGCCAUACCUCUUCCUGCACGUGCCCAAGACUGGCGGCAACUCUGUUCUUCACCUUUUCCGUCUGACAUUCGCCAAGAAGGCUGUGCAGCAAUGGGUCCACCCAGGCCACAACGAGAAGCAUUUGAUCCGCGGUGCCAAGGCCGUCGUGGGCCACUUCAACUAUGGUCUGCAUACUUAUCUUGAUCAGCCAGACCGCGACACUGCCAACUACAUGACAAUGCUGAGGGAUCCAGUCGAGAGAGUCAUAUCACAUUAUUAUUAUCAUCGCGAGAAGAUACAGGACGAGGGUCAUGCCCUGGCCAUGAAGUUAAAGUUUGAGGAAUGGCUGGAACAAUCCCCAAGAGGUGCCAACGAGCAAACCAGAGUACUCUCUGGCAUGUCCACCGAAGCCGAGAAGAAUGUCUCAAUGGAAUCAUUCAGGAUGGCAUUAUAUCAUUUGAGAAAGAUGAAGUUCGUUGGAAUCACAGAGAAGUUCAAAGAGUCAAUUGUGAUGAUGAAGUAUUAUUGUGGCUUGGGAGCAAUGAAGGAGGUAAAGAUCAAUAAUAGAAAGAAGAAGCAACCUGAUGUACCAGCGGAUGUGAUCGAGUUGAUCAAGAAGAAGAACUGGAUGGACAUUUACCUCUACGAAGAGGCCUUGAAGAUGUUUGAUCGACAGACAGAGAUAAUAGGUGAACAACGUAUCAAGGAUGAGAUCAACAAUCCAACCCUGUGGCGUAGAUAA